AACACGUAUUAUAACUGGCAAACCAUCUUACCCAUCUGAUAUCAAACACGUAACCACUGCUUGUAUGAUUGAUUAAAUUUAAACUAAACAUCUUGAUCUUCUGGUACAUAACUUCCUUUCAAAAUAAAUAAAUAAUUAGCGUUACGGUUGCUGCUAUGUGUUCCCCCCGGCUCCUGAAUCCUGAUCCUGAGGCGAAGAAAUCAAAUAUUUCAAACUAUUUCUCUCAGAAACUUCAAAUUCAAAUCCAAGUCCCAAUCUUUUCAACUGGGUUUUCUCCUUUUUCUUCUCUAAUCCCAUUUUCCUUCAUCAAAUUUAUACUAGUAAGUAGUACUCCUUUCAACUGUGUGGUCGUUUCUUGAAGUUUUGCUGUAUAUUUGGACAAACAAAAGUUGAUGUCUUUGUCUGAUAAAGAGAUCGCCAAUGUUGGUGGCAGUGGUGGUGCUGCUGCUGAUGAUGAUGAUGACAACAACAGAGUUGGUGGUGGGGUCCACGCCAGUGAUGUUGUUGACGAUGAUGACAAUGGAAAGAAGCAAAGAGGGUAUGGAUAUGGAUGUGGUAUUGGGUGUACGAGAAGUUUUGCUAAAGCAAGGCAAGCGGUCCUUAAUCCAUUUACAAAAGCCAAGAAACAAUUCCUCAGAAGAAAGAACAAAAGGACUUCUUCUUCAUCUUCUGGGUCUACUGGUGCCAGGAUUUCAGGUAAGAGGUUUGGUUGUCUUAAUAAUGGUGGUAAAGGUUGUUGCUUUUGUUUAAGGCAACCUCAGACUUUGGAAUCAAAUUCUGGGUCUCGUACAAGUGACCCAAAUGACCCAAAUUUCACCUAUGACAUGCUGAAAGCUUUCAUAGAGAAUAAUGAUUUCUAUUCCAAAGAAUGCAAUCCCCACUUUGAUUUUGAUCUCUUCUCACAUGCUACUGAGUGAAGGACUUGUGUGAAAUUGAUUCCUCCUUUAUCAUUAUGUUCCUGUUGUUUGGUAGUGAUCGCUGAGAAUGUUAUCAAUAAUUGAAGGGGUUACAGAACAUACAGAUUAAGGACAAGGAUGGCUGGGUUAUAAUGCAAUUCUAGGCAUUUUCAUAUGAAAUUAUGAAUUGCCUAUGGAAGAGUUUGGGGCACUUUCUCAUGUUCUGUGUGAGAAUGAGGAAGUAUGACAGUAUGUCCUAGAUGUUUCAGUCAUUUUCCAUGUUAGCUUCCAAAAGUAUGCAACUAUAAGCUGGGGAUGCAUUUGCACGAAUUGUGAGAACCGGGAUUAUAUCCAUCCAAUUGUCAUUUUGGUUUAGAAAUUUGGAUGCAAUUUUUGUUAUCCUACGAGUCAUUAGUCAACUCAUAUCAUCCCUUAUUGCUCCUUGAAGAAAUUUAAUUCUUUAUUGAACAUGUUAGUAAGUUGUUACAUUCAGUGCAAAGUAAAGGUGUAAGUAGAUGCUGUAUAGUAAGAAUCAAUAUGUUUUUUUUGAGGAAGAGUACAUUGAUCCAUUGCCGGAGUGGAACAGGUUGUUGAAACCAUUGAAUUCUUAUAAUUUGUAUAUCAUUCUUUUUGAUGGGGAUGUGGAGAUGGAUUGCAAAUUAAUGAGAACAAAUUCAGAUCAGUUAAUAUUUGA